AUGCCUGACAAGGGCAAAAAAAGAGUAGCACAAUGGUGCACAUUCUGUGAGAUGGAAGGCCACACCCAGGAGGAGUGCCAUCGCUGGGCUGCGUGUCUGAGAGACACGGCCAUGGCCAACAACAUCUCCAUGAUGGCGGCAUACAAGCCCUCCCAGAAUCAGAAGACCAACCCCCACAAGAAGACUCAUCGUAGCUACCGUGGUGGCCAAAAUCGCACAGCCCGCAACAACCUCCCUCCUCCCCCUUCUCCCUCCAUCCAGUCUGUGGGCACCAUUACCGCUACUCGGGGUAGCCCUAGUGUGGAGCCUGACCUGCUUUCGAUAUUAGUGCAGGUCUCUCGGUCCGAAUCAGAGCUUCUCCUUCGGUUCCUAGAGAAAAUUAGGGGAGAGGGAAGCGCCGACUUCGUAGAGAAUCUCCUGAUUGGGGACGAACCAAAACAGGAGGAAACCACCCAGGGCCCCUAUAAAGAAUCUGGUAGUGAUGAUGAGGUCAAGAAGGAGUCUUAG